CCGUUUAAGGCAAAUGUAAAAAACGGUUCGCUCAGGCUACGAGCUCCAUCCUUCUCCCUCUCCCCGCCACUUGCGUCGCAUCACGCGACCACUUUCCCAGUCUGGCUCUUGUUCAUGGCGAACAGCAAGGCAUGACGGGAAGAAUAUCCACCCCUUUACCAUACUUCUAGGAUAUGUGUGUGUGCCAUGAGGAGGUGAUUUGUUCCCACGAUACUUUUGGAGUUUGCUGAGAGGCGAGAACCGGUUUCUCUUUCAUUGAUUCAUCCCUUUCACCAUCCCGUUGGUUGACCAAUUUCACCACCACCACCACCCAUUGCGGAGAUAGAGUCCCUCAACCUUUUGACGUUCUACCAAGAAAACGGAUACCCGUCCGACCAGUGGAAAAAGGCUGGCGUGGUCCGGCUCCGAAGGUAGACUGACAACCGGGCGAGGCUUAUGGCACCUCUCUCUCUGACCUCGCUUUUGCACGCCAUCGCCAGCCGAGAAGCCUCUGCCGCCAACCAGCCUUCGUCUUGUGCGGGCUCCAGCGGGCCCUGCAUCGAAGUCAUCUGUUCGUGGCCUUUGUCGGGACAGUAUGGUCUUGGCCAGAGAGUCCUUUAUUAUGCACUCGUGGCGACGUGCGUCCUCGCAAGGAAGGCCGAAUGGAUCAGAAACGUUGGCCUCGCAGCCGCUUUGAUUCUGCCUGCCGUGGCGGCUGUGCAUGGAAUAGUCCUGGCGGCCUUGCACGUUGACGGUGCCAUCGAUCUCGACGUCUAUGGAGCGCUGCAGUAUUGCUCGAUAGGCAUCCUGGCUGGCCCUGUGACGGUCAAGCUAUCCACGACCUAUUCAAAUGAGCGAGGUCGCAACAUCAUUUUCUUGUGGACAGGGCUGAUCCUGGCUGGUCUCUUGAGUCUUGCCGUCGAAUUUUACCGUGCCAAAUCGACACCAUGCUUCUUCGACAAUGCCGGCAAUCCGAUAUCGCAGGACCCGGGCCGUUUCCCCUACAGUGAAGCUUUGUGCGGUCUCACGUGUUCGCAGGAGAAUGGCCCGUCGUCUCUUCUGAGAACCAAGGCCGCCAGCGAAAUCUUUGUCGUGCCGGUACCCACUAAGCUCCCGCUCGGGAAUUCCAUGUUCCUCGCGGCCGCCGAGUGCGUGCCCGCCAUCCUCUCCCUGGUGUCGAUGUGGGUCAAGAUCACGAACCCGGAUGUCGAGAAUGGGCGCGAGAACGAGCCGAUUCCGGGCGCCAACGGGGCGACGUUCGGCAACAUGAAGAACGUCAAUGCCAGCAUCAGGGGUUUCCUCAACGCCGUGGAGAUACCCGUGUUUGCUGGCGCAGUCGUAGCCAUCCUUAUUAUUGGGGAGAUAAACUUCUCCAGUCCCCAAAUGGACUACCAUACGGAGCCCAUGGGUAGCAUUGGCCAAUGGGGCACUAUCCUCGCAACUGGAAUGGCGGCAUUUGGCUCGUUGUACAUCUAUCUCGCGGGAGUGUUCAUGGCAGACCAAAACGACGCGCCCCAAGAAGAAGCGAGGCGAUCGGCCCACCUGACGCAAAAACGAUCCAACGAACCGCACGUCGAGAUGGAGGACUACCCAAUCCGCCCGGGGCAGCACGGCGACCCCCUCGCCAGAGCAACGUCUGACGGCACCGAGUCCGACCGGGACCAGGGCUACAGACGCACAAUCUCCGACGCUCUCAUAAAGGUCAACAGGUUCUUCGGCAACAAGGUACAGCCGUCGCUGCAACCGGACAACUUUGGUAAUGGCGUGUGGCCCCAGAUACCGGGGGAGAUGGGACGCAACAGCCGGGUCACCGUGACGAUGGACCAGUUCAGCAUGCGCAACUUUCGACUAUCCACGAGCCGAGACUCGCAUGAGUCUUACUCGGGCAGUGAGGGUGGUUCGGUGACACCGACUGCUGGGUCGCCUACGUCAAGGGAGGGGUCCGUCGUAAGGGGGUCGUCGAGACAAGAACGGACGGCCAGAAGAUAUACAGAACCGUCUGGAUCCCGCCCUUUCGCACAGACUGAGAGUAUGGCGUCGUCGCCUACGGAACCAGCCAGGGUACAGAGGAAGACGCGGAGUGCGACGCUGGAGGUGCCGACUUUGCGCCGCUCCUGAGAGAUGCACGCUUCCAAGUAAUAGAGUCACGGGAAUGGAUACACUAUCUCUAUCGUGUGACUGCUUUCAACCCGGUAGACGACGGCUAAGGACAAGAUUGAUAUAU